GAAGAUCAAAUUGAAAAAUGCAAGGGGAAGCAAUGGUGAUGAUGCUGCUGGCGGCUUGCAUCUGUCACAGUUGGUCCUAUAAGGUGCCAAAUGUGCGCGUAAAGCUGCUGGAAGAUGGCUUUCGUGUAGCCAUACCAGAUGAGACCGGCGUCAAGAGUGUUGCCUUCAAUGUGAAUCGUAAUCGCAACUUCACGUCAUUCGCACAGGGCGAAUUCAGCAUGCAGGUGCGUUCUCCCAAAGAUGGCCUAUGGAUGCACGAUUUCCUGCACAACGAGCUGAGGGCACACGAUACUCUCUAUAUUUGGACGAGUGUACAGCAUGAGCGCGCAAUAUUCCGCGACAUAAGCGAACCGAAGCAGGUAUGCCAACUGAGUGGUUCUUCUAUACUUGAGGGAUGCUCGUUCAGCGUUGGGAAGCCAUUGCCGGCCACGGACCAAACAGCAGAGACUGCGACGACACCGGUGACGACGUCAACAACAACAACAUUGGCGCCUUGUGAGCCCAGCCUUACGGAAGUAUCCCCGGUACGAUCCACAUCCAUUUGUAAGGGUCAGCUUAUCUUCGAGGAGCAUUUCGAGCAGCUUAACGAGAGCCGUUGGCUGCAUGAGGUGCGGGCUCCCCUAGACACCAAUGAUGCUGAAUUCGUGCUCUAUGAUGGCAAGGCGAGCAUACAGCAUGGAAAUUUGGUGAUAAAACCCCGCCUUUGGUCCGACUAUAGACCUGAUCUGAAGGUUUCAAGCGCCAGCCUCGACUUGGCUGAACGCUGUUCAGGAACACACAACCGGCAAAAGGAGUGCGUGUUGCACACCAGCGGACCCAUCAUUAUGCCGCCCGUGGUGGUGCCCCGCUUGUCCACCAAAGAGUCAUUCGCUUUUAAGUACGGCCGUAUUGAGAUCCGUGCCAAGCUGCCAAAGGGCGAUUGGCUCAUGCCACUCCUGCUGCUGGAGCCUUUGAUGGAGUGGUACGGCCAAACAGGCUAUGAAUCCGGGCAAUUACGCAUUGCAUUUGCGCGUGGUAAUACACAACUACGGCAGCCCCACGGUAAAAUAUUAGAUGGGCGAAUACUCUAUGGUGGCGCAGUACUAUCUACUGAGGCAGCUCAGCGCGAAGAUUUUAUGGUCAAUCAGCGACGUAACGAACACUACGGCAAUGAGUUUCAUGUGUACGGUCUGGAGUGGAGCUCGGAGCACUUGCAGUUCACAGUGAAUGGGCAGCCUUAUGGCGAGCUGCUAAGCGGAUUUGUAGAGUCCGAUAUUAAUCCGAGAUGGCGCAGAGGUGGACCUAUGGCGCCCUUCGAUCGACUAUUUUACAUAACGCUCGGCAUUUCUGUGGGCGGUUUCGGUGACUUUGUGGACAAUUUGCGCACAGCUUCGUAUGCCAAGCCAUGGACUAACAAACACCCCCAGGCCCGACUACACUUUUGGCAAGAACAAAACAAAUGGCUGCCCACUUGGGAACAUCCUGAGCUCUUAGUUGAUUAUGUUCGUGUCUAUGCCAUUUAAAUAAGAGGAUGCAUCAGAAAAGGAAAGGGAAUAUAAAAAGAUCUCUCCUCUAAUCUAUUUAUCUUAAGUGUUCCAUGUAAGAUCACAUAAUAAAUUGAAAACUUAUAAUAAUCUUAAUGAAAA